AUGAUGAACCAACCUGGGUAUUAUUUCCACCAGGGUCCAGCCGUCCAACCACACCCCGCAAGCGUUAACCCUCGACCGCCAUCGAUGGCCGCCCCCGAGCCAAUAUACUCUUCACCAGAAUCUGCAAGCGCUCACAUCACAGAAACAGAUCAGCCGGCCAGACAUGCAAAUUCACGUCCACGGCCACAAUGCUGGGAUCACGGCUGCAACGGUCGCGAGUUCUCGACCUUCAGCAAUCUGCUUCGGCACCAGCGCGAAAGAUCCGGCGUAGUAGCCAAAGCAGAAUGUCCAGUCUGCGGAGCAGUUUUCACACGCACGACAGCGCGCAACAUACAUGUCGCUCAAGGGAAGUGCAGAACUGAAGGCAGGGAAUCCUCUACUGAGUAG